CCCCUCCUAGUUCUCACGACCAUUCAGCGCAAUUCCUGGUUCUCCAUGCAACGAUCAUAGUUGAUCAUCAACGCGGAUGCACUCUCCAUCGAUAUGUACAGUCCACCAUUAGGAGGCCUCCCGUGUAUCGAGUCGGCUUUCUAGCUCUACCGUCGGUUCAGGAGACUCAACCAUCCUGGAUUGAUUGGAGCCGCCGUAUACACGAGGUAGCAACCAAGCUGGGCCUAUAACUUGCGAUCCUGGUACUAUUCGACGAACAAUUAGGACUCAUACUUAUUCCCGCCAGCGAGCUCGACGAGUUGGAGGCACGCUGAGACCAUGGCUCCCAAUUUCGGAGUGAUCAUCCGCGCCGCCUUAGCCGGGUCCGUGGCAGCCGCUGCUAAGAUCGGAGGCGCGCUGAAAGCCGCAGGCGGAGUCAAGGUCGGGUCCGCCGCCGCCGCUGCCGCCGCGCUGACCGCUGCUGCUACGACUAAGACUGGGAGUGACGGGACAGAGGGUCCCUCGAGAUCUCCAGUUCCCCCAGCCGCACCCAAGGCAUGAAGAAAUGGAGUGGUGGUGAUCGGUAGGACGUUGGGUGAAUGCACGCCUCUAAAGGGUGAUUUCUCACAUUAUGGCGUAGUAGUGGUAGUAGGUAGUAUUCAAAAUGAAAUAUCAUGCUUACUUUUAGGA